UCCUCCCGGCCGGGCUUUGACCUCAUGUUUUCUAAUCUCUUUAUGUGUGCAGUACAGGCAGCAUCUAAAGGGGAACAGAGAGCUAAUCUCUAUGGGAACAUUGAGUAAUACUAUUGCAUAACGUCUCAUCUUCACGAAAAGCCUGCCGUUUAACCUUUGCUACAUAACACAAGUCCUCCACCUGGCAGAGGUGUCUUAUGCUAAACCUGUGUUCUGAGGCCGAAAAUGCAAAUAUUUGUGCAGGUUUUUCAUCCGUUGUGGGGUUUCUGGCCUCGUUUUCAUGGCCGUGAACUGUCGCUAGUUGUUUGAAGGGAUUGGGACGGACCUAAAUUAACGCAGGAUUAGAGUUCAUGACACCAUCUUAAGCCUUCGUCUUUCGGCAAUGAGGAAAAGAUUGAGGUGUGGCCAGAGAUUCUCACUUAACUAAUGGCUCACACAGACAGACCUGCCCCCUCCCCUGCCUGUUGUCUCAUGUUUUGUAGCCUUCAUUGCACAGUCAUCGAGGAACGAGAGAGAUGCUGUGGUGGUAGCAUGUAAGCAAUUGUAGCAUUUUUCUGGGUCCUGAGGGGCCAAACGAAGAAAUAUCACUUGGAACGGACUCUACAGCCAUGUUUUGAUGCAGAGGAGCAAUUUGGAAACUUGGUAAGACAAACUUUCCCUGUUGUUUGCAGCCAUUUUAUGCUUAAAGUUCCAUAAAAUUACAUUUACAAAAUGUUAUACAAGGCCUUUUUUGUCGUGUGAUGUCAAUGGAAGACCUAAGUGUAGAACCUCAUGGGUACAAGUUGCAGAGAAUAUCUGGAAAACUAGGUUCCGCUGGUUGAUAAAGACCCAAGAUUGCGUUCACUACUAACAUUUGAGUGUUGUUCAGGUUUGUCGUGUUCUUCUUGUGCAUGCAUGCUCCUGCGUUUACAAGCUCUGAGCUGGCAAUGACUCGUAUUUUCCUCCUGAAGAUGCCAGUGUCCUCAGCCAGCUGCAGAAAUGCCUGGAGGCCAGUACCAGGUGGCGAGCACCAAGUGCCACCACAGCCUCUACAGCCUGACGGACAGCUCCGACGUGGGCCCUGAGGAGGAGGAGGCCGACCCCCCGCUGCGCCUCACCCCCCUGCAGAAGCUCACCGUCGACAUGUGCAAGGACGAGAAGACCAUCAAGGAGCUGAUCAUCGGCCGCAGGGUGGGCUUCUACAAGGUCCGCGGGGAGAUCGGCUACGGGACUUUCUCCAGGGUCAAACUGGCCUUUCACGCUCUGACUAGAGACAAAGUGGCCCUGAAGAUCCUGGACAGGAUGAGGCUGGACGCUCAGGCCCAGCGUCUCCUCUCCAGAGAGAUCAGCAGCAUGGAGUCUCUGCAGCAUCCCAACGUGGUGCGACUGUACGAGGUGGUGGAGACACCGAGCCGCCUGUACCUGGUCCUGGAGUACGCCGGAGGAGGAGACCUGCACAACCGGAUCUGCAACGAGGGGAAACUGUCCGACAGCACCAGCAAGAUCACCUUCGCUCAGGUCCUGUCUGCCAUCAAAUACAUGCACAACAUCAACAUCAUCCACCGCGACCUGAAGGCGGAGAACGUCCUCUUCACCAUCAGCGGCUGCGUGAAGGUGGCCGACUUCGGGUUCAGCACUCAGGUGUCGAACUGCAACAACGCCCUGGACACCUUCUGCGGGUCGCCUCCGUACGCCGCCCCGGAGCUCUUCAGGGACGACUGCUACCUGGGGCCCCCGGUGGACAUCUGGGCCAUGGGCGUCCUGCUGUUCUUCAUGGUGACCGGGACCAUGCCGUUCAGGGCUGAAACCAUGGGCAAGCUGCGGCGCUGCAUCAUGGAGUGCUCCUACACCGUGCCCCCCUCAGUGCCCGGCCCCUGCCAGAGGCUCAUCAAGGGCAUCCUGAAGGCGGCGCCCUCCGAGCGCUACGCCGUCGACCAGAUGCUGGGCUGCGACUGGCUCCUGCCGGUGGAGUUCCCCUGGGCGCUGGUGCCCCCGGAGCCGGCCAGCCCCCCGCAGAGCCCCGGGAGCUCGGAGCCCAGCGACCAGGAGGAGGUGGAGGAGGAGAUCCGGGGCUCGCUGGAGGAGCUGGGCGUCACCGUGGAGCACCUGAGGAACAACCAGCUCAAAGACAGCCGCAGCCCCGUCACCGGACUUUACCGCAUCCUGCUGCACCGCGCCCAGAAACGAAGAGGCUGCGACUGCCUGCCGGUGGUCCGAGGGAUGGUGAGGGACCCCAAGAGGGAGGGACUCCGGGCCUACAGGGGCCUCCGGCACACCUCCAAGUUCUGUGUGCUGUCAUGAGCAGUUUUUAUACCAAAGUUCUUGUCUUUUGUACCAACAUGUAGCACAUAGGAGCUCCUUAUUUAUCUUUUUUUAUUUGACUUUUACAUCGCUUUUGGAGUAAGUGACUGUAGUUUUUACAGUUUGAUGACUUGCAAUGCAACUUUUUGGGCUAGCCUAAGGUUAAAGUGCCUCCUGGGAUUAUUAAAGAUAAAACCUGUUUAACCUCCUAAGACCCGCGCUGUGGUUGGGCUCACAUUUUAGAUUUAUUCUAGCUAUUUGGG